AUGCAAAUGUUAGGACCUUAUAUCGCUCCGCUGACCUUCUCCGUCCCGCCCCCCUCGCAACAACGACGGUUCGUUGAUGAAAUGAGCGCCAAAAUGAUAGAGCGCAGAGUGAGAAAAAAGGAGAAUGGGAAGAAGAAAAAGGCCGAGAAAAGACAGCGUAAACAAGGCAAGCAGGGCAAUGAUCCGAUCAAUGAGGGUGACACCUCCGACACAAAUUCCGAUUCUUCUUCCAGCACGUAUAGCGCGAGUGGGGGGCCAAACCAAGAUAAGAAGAUCCAAAAGAUCGAGACAAAGGCAGAGCGUAAAAUGACGAAAGUAAACGCGGAGGACGCUGCCAAGAUAGAUAAGCAUAGAGCAAAGAAGAUUGAGAAAAGGGAGCAAGACCUCGAACGGCGGGCAGACAAAGACGCCAAGAAGGCAACAGAGAAGGUGCAGAAGGCUUCUGUCAAAAAUGAGAGGCGAAGCGACAAACGAAGAAGAAAGGAAGAAGAGAAUAUUGCGAGCAUGGAGUUCCUUGUUAUCGAGAACUUGGGUUCUGAGUGA